GACCUUCUACUUUUCCCUGCAAUCAACAAACAUCACAUGGAGGACACACUCAAAGAUCAAGCAUCCGUCCAUGAGAGCAAAGGGGGGAAAUCCGCUAAGCUUCUUAGGUAUCCUCUCCGAUCGGCCUCCAAGUCUAAGGAGGAUAAGCUUCCUGCCUCUUCUCCAUCGAUUGCUUCUGCUUCCAGAAGGGGAAAACCUACAUCGAGUGUAAGUCAAAGUGUUAGUGUCCUUGAUAUGUCUGCCAAAGAGAAAUCUGCUAAGCCUCCUAGGAGGCUGUCUAUCCCCAACAAAUCGACUCCAAGCCCUGCUCCUAAAUCCACUGGAUACUCCACCCCAAUAUCAGAGGCUAGAGCAAACCGGUCUGGCAAUUUUAAGGGUAACAGUGGCACACCAGGUUCUGAUGUUUCUAGAUCAUUGAGUCGAAGGAAGUUCACUGUUCUGUCCUCAGCUUCGUAUUGGCUGUCUCAUAUUAAGUUAUCUGAAGCUGCUGCAAAGCAUCAUCUCUCACUUGGGUUUUUUAAACUUGCUCUAGAGGCUGGGUGUGAGAAUGUCCAGUUAUUGAGAGAUGAGCUCAAGUCCUAUGCUGCCCGCCACAAUCUUCUUGAUCUUGGAGAAUCUGCAAGAGAAGUGUUUCAGAGCUAUGAGAUUCCAGAAAGCAUUGAGCAGUUCCAAGUCUCUGAAACCUGUUCCCAGGUGCCAGAAGAGGGAAGUAGGUCACUGGAUGAUGAUGCACACAGCUUGUCUUCAGCUACUGGAGUUUCAAAACUAAAACCAAGAUCCUUGAACAACACUGCCAGUUCUGCUGCCAAAGAAUCAGCCAGAGAAACUGCUCAGAAGGGUAAUCCUGUACCUAGAAUCAAAGCUCCAUUGAACAAGAAAAUGGCCAACCAGAGCCCUGCUUUAGAAGCUGGGCAUGGCAAGAUGCCCAAGAAUUCCAAGAAACAAAGCAAACAAGAAUCCAACAAAGAGAAACACCAGGUCAAGACCGAGGGGAUGGAACCUGCUGAUGAAGAAGCUCAAUUGAACACCUCUCUUGAGGAGGCAGUGACAGAAGAAAACAAAGAGAACGUGGAUGCUCCUCCAACUGAAGAGAUGAGCUUGGAAGCUUAAGAACGGUAUGUUGGAACAUAUUUAUACAGUUUUUGGCUUGUUUGGUCAUGUCUUCAACGUUUUACUGGAGGCUUUUCCCUUGUAUAGAUAGAGAACAGCUGUGGUGUGCAAAUUCGUAACUUUGAAUUUCUGGUUUUUCUUUUUUUUUUUCUUUUUGUCUUUUGGUUGUUGGCUGAAGUUUUCAUUCUGUUGUUGGAUGAUAAAUUAUUGGUGUGCUGCAUUUGCUGGAACAUACAUGCUACUUUUCCUUUUCUGGGUUU